UUGCAGCGUUGCAUGAACUCAAUUUAGUCGCGUGCGAAACAGAAAGUUUACACAAGUUCACAAGCUCCGAACCAAAAAAAAAAAACAAAAUAAAUAAAAAACACCUAAAAGCCUUACGGAAAUAGUUAGGAAACGGGCAACAAAAACGUAUAAAAAAAACCAACCACAACAACUUGAACUCCAAAAUACCCGAAACGCAGUCGAAAUUGUUAAUUGAACUUUUAUUUAUUAACUUUGGCAAAAACGGUGUCAAGCGCGGCCUAGAAAAAAAGGGAAAUAAAAUAUAUAAAAAAAACCAGAGGCAAACGCCCCAAAGAAAUUCCAAGCACGUUGCAGACGAAAUUACGCAAACGGCGAUAUAAAACACACCAGCAACUGCUGCAACUACAAAAGCAACAUUAAACAGCAACAACAACUGCAACAGCAACAGCAACAGCAACACUAAAUCAACUGAACAGCUGACGUUCAAUGAACGCUUCAGUUUCGGGUUACCCAGAUGCAGAUCUUGGCUAAUCCCGACCAGCCGCUGUAAAGUGCAGCUCCGCCGGAGAGCUUUUCCCCAACUGAACUUGAAAGUGAAAGUGAAAGAGAGCGGAGGAAAGUGAAGUAGAAGAGCUUGCCAAGAAAGAGAGAGAUUGGAAACGAAAGAAAAACAAAAGAAAACCACUUUUCGCUUUUGCUGGAGUGCCGAAAAACAUCUCAGAGCAUCAGCCAAGGUCGUUUGAACGGGAUAACCAUGAGCAGUGCCAAGGAUCAGGCGGAUCAGGUGGAUCAGGUGGAUCAGGUGUACGAGGUGAAGGCUCCUCACGCGGGAGCCGAGGGUCACACCUUCCUCGUGAGUCCCGUGGAUCCCACACCCAUUUUGGCGCCCAUUUUAACGGCGGUGCCCGUGAUGAAACCCAUUGAGUUGCCUUCUCCGUUGGAGAAGCGAAAGGAGGAGGAUCUGGAGUUCGAUGACGAGCAGCCAAGUUGCAGUUCCCAGGCGGUGGUUCCUUUGUCCUCCUCCCUCCCCUGCAAGCUGCUCCGGAUGCACGCCAGGCGAUCCGCCCAAGCGCUGCUCCACCAAAUGGAGUCGCUGGACUCGCAGCUGGGCAGCAGCAACGGCAGCACCUCGGAGGACACCUCGCCCAGUGCCCCGCCCAUGUCGCCCUCGGAUCAGCAGCUGGUGGACGUGGGCAUGGGCUCCUCCAUUGGGGAUUCCGAGGAGUCCUCGGAGGAGGGAGAUGAACUGAAACCCUUGGCGGUGGAUAAUCACAUCAUGCACGAGGUGGACUUGACCUCGCAGAAUUCUCCUCCUGCUGUUCUGAGUGAAGCGAAUCUGGAGAAGUUCCGCAAGCACCAGAUGGACAACAUCUACCUGCAUCCCAACUUCACCUUGGAUGCUUCCCCUCCACCAGCGGUGGCACCAGCCAACUCUCCUGUAAUGGAGGCCAAGAGAAGCCAUCGUUCGUUCCUUUCCAUGAAGAAGGAAAAGGAAGUGGAGCAGCCAGAGGAAAAGGAGCAGCCAAAUCUAAUUCAGCCUGAUCAGGAUGCGGAACCCCAAGGACCUAAUGAGAUAGAUAGCCUGGAUCCCUCUCUAAUUCCCAGUGAGGAACUGGCGGCGGAGAUCACUGAAGCCGUGGAGUUCUACUUCUCCAACGAGAGCAUCCUCAAGGAUGCCUUCCUCCUAAAACAUGUUCGAAGGAACAAAGAGGGUUUCGUGAGCCUGAAACUGGUUUCCAGCUUCAAGAGGGUGCGCCAGUUGACCAGGGAAUGGAAGGUGGUCGGGGAUGCAGUGCGUCGCAAGUCGCGCAAGAUCGAGCUGAACGAUGUGGGCACCAAGGUGAGGAGGAUCGAACCUCUGCCCAGUUUCGAUGAGACGAUGCCCUCGCGAACCAUCGUGGCCUGCGAUCUUCCCAUGGACAAGCUGACCAUUGAGAAGGUAUCGGAUCUGUUCUCCCGCUGCGGAGAGAUUGCCCUGAUCCGCAUCCUGAAACCAGGGAUGGCCAUUCCCGUGGAUGUGCGCCAGUUCAUGAACAAGUACCCGGAGCUGCAGCAGAAGGAGUGCGCCUUGGUGGAGUACCUGGAGUCCUCUUCCGCCAGGGAUGCCCGUCACCUGAGUGGUCCCUUCCAAGUCUACGAGAUGGUGGCGCCCAAGAAGAAGACAGGAAAGAAGGCGGCCGUCAUCCAGAUCGCGGCUCCAGUUGCCCGGAUGGUGGAGAACUAUCGCUACUACAAUGAUGCCAACUACGAGAGGAGCAGAGGAGGCAGCUUCUCGGGUCACGAAACUGUUCCGGAUCUGCGCUUCAAGCUCAAGCGGAACAACUCGGACUUCCAGCCGAACUACUACCAGCAGAUGGCGCCCAACUACCACCCCAAUCCGAAUCCCUACCAGCACUACCAGCCGCGCGGCAGCAUUGGCCACCAAUCCAGCCAGGAUGUCCAGGCUCCGGCGGGUUUUUUCGGCUUUGGUCCGCGAAGAUACAGCAACACCUCGACGAUUUCGGCCAACACGGCGGCUGUUUUGGCCGAUGCCUUGCCACUGUCUUCUGCUGUCAGUUCAGGCGGUAACCCGGUGACCACCAUCAGCAGUCUCCAGAGGCGUUUGUCCAACUGCUCCGAGCAGAACUUCCCACAGGAAGGCAAUCCUUCGAUGUCGCGAAGGGCGAGCAAUUGCUCGGAAACGGGAGGAGCUCCCCAGCGGCGGGAUUCCAAUUGCUCCGAGAGUUGUCCCUGCUCGAGGAGGGUCUCCGACUUUGGCCAGUCCACGGAGACCAGCUACCGCAAGAGCUCUGUCUGCUCCAAUGGCAGUUGUCCGGGCAAUCAGAGCCAGGAGCGCCGCUUCUCCAACGGAUCCAUGCAGUUCGAGCGGACCUUCUCGAAUGCCAGCGAAACGGGUGGCUUCUACCGGCGACCCUCGAACGAUUUCAACCUGGACAGGGAGCCCAUUCAGUCCGAUCAGCUGGUGGGCGGAGGAGGCGGUGGCUACCAGGUGUGGCCGCGCCGCUACUCGAACAACUUCCAGCAGGUGAGCAGCAAGCUGGCGGCCUACGACAAUGCCCAGUACAUCGGCGGCAGGAGGAUCUCCACGGACUCGGGCUACGACCGCCGCUGCUCCUUCGGCUCGGAGUUCGAGGGAUCCCCCCGAUCCCGCACCGGCAGCUUCCUGAGCAACUACAAGCACGGAGGCGGCGAUGGCUACGAUGGACAGCCGCGAUCCCGAACGGGAAGCUUCCUGGACGGAUCACCGCGCUCCCGAUCCGGAUCCUUUGCCCAGCGGGCGGCCGAGAGUCUGGUGCGAACUCCAAUGGGUCCGGAUGGCAGCAAGGGAUUCGGUCAGCGGGCCAGGAAGUUCGGACAGACCAUUUCACCCGUCAACUGAAGGGGUUAAACAAAAUAUCAAUGAGCGGGGUAACUUUGUUGAUUAAUUUUUAGUGGGAGGAUAAACUGUUAUAGAAACCUGAACCGAUCAGGUUGUAUCGUAUGUGAAAUUAAUGGCUGUACACUGUGAUGCUGUCCAACUUGUUAAACGCCCCACACGUACACCCCCGAUCCUUAGCCCAACCUAGGUUAGGAACAGAAACCUAUAGCUAACCAAUUUUUAUCACCGAAUAUUGCGAGGGGUUUUUGUUUUUGGUUCAUGUGGAAUUCUGCUCGCCCUAAAAUUAUUUUUUUAACCAUUCUUUUAUGCAACAUAACUACUCAAUCACUGCCAAUAGCUUAAGCGAAAGAAAACGAGAGAUAAUUGGUUUGGUAGACACUUAAGAUUAUACUAAUUGAAGUAAUCAAUACUUACGAUUGACCAUUAACCAGUUAAUAGAUUAUAGGUUCUAUAAAUCAACGUUACGUAUGAAAUACUUAAAGUAGAAUUUGGGGCCCAACUAUUAUCACAAAGUCUCACCUGACUUCUUUAAUUGCCUAGAAUUCUCUCUAUAUAGCUGCUUAUAUCCUUAUGAGUUCACAAAGUAUCACAAUUAAGUAUUGUUUUAUUGCCCAUAAAUACUUUUUAUUAGGUUAGAAUUGUUAUAGUCACGCCCAUAAGUCGAACGGCUGCCAUAAAAUCAGUUAAUGAAACGUGGCCAUAGUUAACCAGAUGUGAGUAAUGCGGAUGCAAUUGGAACCAGGAUAAAUUAUUAGAUUCUCAGGUCAUUAGGUUUAGAAAUCGCAGGGCAGGCAGAAAACUAUUUCCACAUUUUCCCUAUAUUUAACCCCCUCGUAAUUUUCACACCUUUUUCUUUUAUUUGUUUUUUAUUUCAACCUUAUUAUUCAAUUACAAUCUAUAGUUAGUUUAAUGAAUGCGUAUUUAGUUUAAGGAAACUUGGUUGUCCUCCCGCGGAAAAAACGGAGGAAACAGCAAAACGGAUUAUUACAGGAGAGAAUAAAAAUAUUUUUCAUUUUUAGCUUUUAAUUUUUCGAUUUCCCACAGAAGCAUUAGUCUGUGGAUGCAAUAAAUUAUACUAUGCGUGUUAACCAUAAAUAAACGUAUUACAAACAAA